UCCGCGAACCCCGGGAGCGCAUCUGGCCUUCCCCUGCCGUGUGCUAUAGUUGUGGGGACCGGGUGGGAGAGAUCUCUCCGAUAGUGCGUUAUCCUCGCAACGGACCUGACCCUAACGCGAUCUCGAAAGCUCAGGACUCCGCUCAGCUGCCUCAUGGCAGUCCCAGGUUGCAACAAGGACAAUGUCCGAGCAGGCUGCAAAAAAUGUGGCUACCCUGGUCAUCUGACUUUUGAGUGCCGCAAUUUUCUCCGGGUUGACCCCAAAAGGGACAUUGUGUUGGACGUCAGUAGCACAAGUAGUGAGGACAGCGAUGAAGAAAAUGAAGAACUGAACAGAUUGCAGGCUCUGCAAGAGAAAAGAAUAAAUGAAGAAGAGGAGAAGAAAAAGGAAAAAAGCAAGGAGAAAAUUAAAUUGAAGAAAAAGAGGAAAAGGUCUUAUUCCAGCUCCACUGAAGAGGACUCUUCAAAGCAAAAGAAACAGAAGUAUCAGAAAAAAGAAAAGAAAAAAGAAAAAAAGAACAAAUCAAAAAAAGGAAAACAUCACAAAAAGGAAAAAAAGAAGAGAAAAAAGGAAAAACGUUCUUCCCCUAACCGUUCUGAAUUUACCAAAAAGUAACCGAAUCUCUGACCUCUCUCAGGAAAUUGAAGAAUUCACUAUUUUUAAUUAUUGUACCUUCCUUGGAAUCGCUAUAUAAUUACGCUUUGCAGCAUAUCCCAGCCUCUUCCGUAAAGACAUUUUUCACAUGUUGGGACCCUUCUCUCUCUGCCCAUCGGUAUUAAAUCCAUCUUGUUAAUUGACAGCCAUGCCUCAAGUAUAGAUAUUUGUACACGCAAAGCACAUCAUUUUGGGUAUCUGUGUGUUAAGCCAGCGUUGUCACUUUCUAAGUUAAUUGCCACAUGGCUUUACCGCAGUCAAACCAAGUAAUCUACACGGUAGCUACUAAAUGGCGUCCUUCCAGUGACGUUCUGGGUUGGUGGUAGUGGUUUGCUCUUGAUACUGAGGAGUUUAAUAGCUUUAUCCACUGUGUAAUGUAUAAAGAUAGUGAAGUUCUUCACUGUUGUUUUUAAAUCUCUCGACUUUUUAAAUAAUAUCAUUGAAGAUAAAACUGCUUUACUGAUUUUAUGUUUUUAAACGAAUGGGAUCUAUAAGAUAAUAAUGAAAGUUUUGUAACAAGUGUCAAUGUUUUAUGAAAUGCAUGUUCCUAGCACAUGCCUCCCAUGUUUUUAUAACAAUUAAAAUAUCCCCUUUUUAAAGAGAAUCACUUAGCUUACUAGAAAGUCUGGCAGGGAGUUUCUGUGCUGGUCAGGACUAUUAGGUUGAUACACACAUGUGCCAUAUUGGCAUGUCUUACGGUGAUACCUCAAACACAGAACUUUUUGUGUGGAAACAGCAAAAUCGUCAUUAAAGCUGAUUUUUAUUAUAUCUAGUGUAUUUGAUGCUUACAUAUGUAUUGUGGCAGUUUUUAUGAAUGCUUGCUUAUAUAUUUAGUUUUUCUGAAAUGAUUUUGAAGUGAGUUUCACCCUGAACUUAUGACUUCAUGGAGAGCCAUUGUUGAUAUUUCCUCCUUCACUUCACUGCAAAAAAAAUAAAAUCAAGAAUUUCAUUCUGUACUUUUUAAAAUAAAAGCCUUGGGCAUAGCAUCAUGAAAGCCUUUGUAUAAUAAUGAAAUUUAUAUAUAAACAAGUGUUUUCAAUGACAUGUUAAUAGAUAAUUUCUUUUAUUUUUAAUUUCAUGGUCAUCAGUGUAGUGUAUUUUAACAUCUAGUAUUCCCAAAUCCAACAAGUUAACUUAUGCUGUAAAAGCAUUAAACCAACCUGCUAACUUGGAUCAGCACCAAAGUUUCUAAGUACCUUACUAUGGUGCACUUAUAUAUCUUCAAAUUGGUAAGUAGAGAUGUGGCUGCGGGCAAAUUUAUUAUGUAAGAACACUUGGUCUUGCAGGCUGGAGAGUUCUUCCCUUGCCCUGCACCCAAACUUGCAUGCCCUGGUCAGACCUGGGGCCUCGUAGGCCCCAUACAUAUUCUCCCCUCGCUCUGCUCAGGUUCCACAGAAGCUACACCCACACCCUUUCCAGCACUGCUUCCGUGAAGCGUGCGUAUCUUCAGCUUUUCCACAAAGCAGUUACUCUCUUGGCCCAUAAAAAGUUGUUUUGCUUAGAGUUUUGUCAGUUGUUAGGACUAAAGCACAGAACUUUUAGAUUUUUAAGGAUUCAUUUGUCUACACCAAUUUUGUGAAAAUUCAGUUCUUUGGUUAUCUGAAUUAAUAAAAGUAAAUAAAAAUGAAUGUCAUUCUUAAAAUCCUUUUUAAAAAAUAGCAUGCAGCUGGAAAGAUGGCUCACACCCUUGCUACUCUUAGAGAGGAGCAGAGUUCAGUUCCCAGCAACCUCACUGGGAGGUUCAUAACCACCUGUAACCCUGUUACUCCAGUUCCGCCGGUCCCGAUGCCUUCAUCUGACCUCCGUGGUAUCCAGGAGCACUUAGCAGAUGCUCACCCAGGCACAUACACAAGCAUGUAAAUUUAAGCGUUUUUUUUUUUUUUUUUUAAUUUUAAACUUAAGAAGAAAUAGCAAAUACAUAAAGAAGAGGCCUCAUCCAGUUGUGUGUGUGGCAUUGUUAGCAGGGACAGUAGUUGUAGAGGAAGGAGUUUGUCAUAUCUGUGAGUCUGAUUUCUGUUACUUGUAAAAAAAUAUAAAUUGACUUAUAAGGGUUUUUUUCUUCAUUCAACUAAUGAUUCAGAAACAUCAUUUAUAUAUGUAAUCCACCAUCAACUCUAUAAUAAAAUAAAAGAUUUCAAUGGACCAGUCCUCUCUCCAGAAAUAAUCUUAACAUUAUUAAUAAAUUUCCCUAGAAUAUUAAUAUACCUUAUGAAGGGCCUCACCCAAGUGAAAGUCAUUCAUCUUUACUAAAGUAAGAAGUGGUUGGAAUGAGAUGCAAAUCUCACUAAUAUCUCCUGAAAAAACUCACGAAGUUUCUUUUUAAGCAACACGAAGCAGAAAGCAUUUUAUUUUGUAGUAAAUGGGUCAGUGUGGUAGCUCUGCAGCUGUGCCGCUGCCGUCCUGGCUGCACACCAUCUCCUCUAAACCCCUGUGCAGCCUUUGGCUCCCACCCUGGGCACAUUCUCUCUCAAACUCCCCGUGUAAACCUCAGCAAAGUCGUUUACCUUCUUGGAGCCUUGGUGUCUCUUGCCUAUGAAACAUUGUACUGUGUUUCCUCUGAUCACUUGUAGAGAAAUCCAAAUAAUACUCUUUUAAGAAAUAUUAUAGAUAAACAGCCAGCAUUCUGUAGAGGUUGUGCUUGUCAUCGUGACUGCUAAACAUAUCAACUUAAGUAGAUAAAUAGUAUUCACUUCAUUUUGUUACAACCCGAUUGUAUGUUCUUUUCUCCAAAUGCAGACAGAAUGUGCAUGUAGGUUUCUGUAGCUAAUUUAUCUGAACACUGAAGGGACUGUGUUUAAGCUGAUGACCAUGCUCCCUGGCGUCCCCAUUCUUCUCCUAUCUGUUGUCUAAAAGCUCUCAGCUGUUUGUUUGGUUUUUUUUUUUUUCUUAAUUCCUCACAUUUAGUACAUUUCUUGCCCCUUUAGUUCUUAGAGACCAGGGUGUAGAUAAGUGAGAGUUUGGACAUCUGUGUGCAUCUGUAUUUAUGACUCUAGGUUACCUUCAGCCUUGAAAUAAGUAGCAGAGUUCUUACCAGGACAUCUGCUGCCCUGAAGAGCUCCCAGUCCAGCUGGUAGAAGUACCAUUAGAACUACAUUCAUAUCAGUGCAGUAAUGAGCCCGAAGAUUCACAGUAAGAAAUAUGGAUGCUGCCUUAGUCUGCAGUAGCUAAGGGGGCUAUUGAGAGUAUGUGACCCCUGAAUUUUAGGUUAUUAAAGUUGAGGAGAAGAGCCUGGUAGUUCUUGACAAGGGAGGCUGUGCGGAAAGAAGGCACAGGACAAAGGGAUGAACUGCGUGCCUGAAGGAAUGGAGGCCUGGCAGGCCUAGUGAGCCUAUUCAAGGCAGACGCCAUUUCAGGUUCCUGCGACCAAGAGAAGGGGCCUUAGGCUCCAUGUUUGUGACACAGUUUGUGAGCUUAGCUUACUCUCUAAACCAUGAGACGUGAUAGCGUUUAAGGGAAGGAAAUGGUGUUUACUGGGGUUUGGUCUCAUCUCAUAAUUCUGUUCUAUAAUGUUUAAAAGAUGAAAGUGAUGUCAUUAAAAUGCACAUAAUUUUAGGGUUUUAUGCUCUGUUGUUUCUAAAUUAUGCACUGGCUUUUAUUUCCUAAAACCAAAAAAAAAAAAAAAAGAAAGAAAAGAAAAGAA